AUGACUGUACAAAACUACCGCGAGGUUGCAGCCAUCGCGCAAAACCGUCGCAACACCAAAAUAGCUGCGUACUAUAACCCACCGGAAGCCGAUGAAGCUUCAUUACCAGACAAUCUCACCGAGUAUGCACUCAAUUCGGGUUACUACACACCUGAAGAGCGGACCAUCAUAGAGACGGAGGCAGAGACUAUACUCCAAAAUAUCGCCAACAGGGAAUGGACCUCACUCAAGGUUACAAAAGCUUUCUGCAAGGCCUCAUCAUACGCGCAGAAACUCACCAAUUGUAUCACCGAGGUUCUCUAUGAUGAAGCAUAUGAGCGUGCCCAAUACCUUGAUGACUACUUCGUCAAGAAUGGCAGGACUAUUGGGCCAUUACAUGGGCUGCCAAUAUCGUUAAAGGAUUGUUUCAUUGUACCGCCUCAUCCGGCUUCAAUUGGAAUGUCGAACUGGGCAAACGAGGCAACAGACAAGGAACAGGUCAUUAUGACUAUGCUGCGAGAGCUUGGAGCCGUCUUUUACGUCAAGACUAAUACCCCGACAGCCAUGAAGAUGGCGGAGACAAUCAAUCAUGUGUGGGGUGAGACACGAAAUGCUCUUCAUAAGCGUCUCACACCUGGAGGUUCUUCUGGUGGAGAAGGCUCCCUUAUAUCCUUUAAGGGAUCACCUCUAGGAGUCGGUACCGACAUUGGCGGCAGCAUCAGAAUCCCGGCUGCUCAGGGUUUCCAGUACGGCCUAAAGCCUUCCGUUGGCAGGUUUCCUGCCUAUGGCGGUAAGACCGGUGUAACUGGACAGGAGUUUCUUGUGGCGGUUAAUGGUCCAAUGUCAAGGUCAUUAAAGUCACUCCAGAUCUACUCGGAAGCUCUACUUUCGGAGCACUCUGCGCCGUGGACCCGUGAUUACAAAUGCGUACCGCUCCCAUGGAGAAAAAACGUUAUCCAGCCACCAGGGAGAAAGUUGCGACUUGGUCUAAUCGGCAACAACGAUGGAUCUGUUCACUGUCAUCCACCGGUAGAACGUGCGCUGGAUUCCACCGCUCAGAAGCUCAAGGCUGCUGGACAUACUAUAAUUCCAUGGACGCCGAAACACCAUGAUGUUAUUACCAAAAAUUUGGUGGAAGCAUUUUUCAAGCUCGGUGGUGCCGCUAUCAUCAAUGACAUUAAGCCAUACGGAGAGCCUAUCUUCCCGUCCAUGAAAGCCUAUGAGGUUGCCGCAGAGGCUGAAGAAGUCGGCGUUACUGAAAUUCGUGAAAUGAUUCUCAAGCGGGACGAGCUACAGCAAGCAUACCUAGAGUACUGGAUGACUGGAGCACCAGACGGCCAGCCUCUAGAUGGUAUCGUUAUGGCAACCGCCCCUCAUGCGGCGCCUCGACUACAAGGUACGCAAAAUGAUCUAUAUAUUGGUUACACAGGGCUGUGGAACUAUAUUGUCAUAGACUUUUCUGUCUGCACCUUCCCUGUACUUUUUGCCGAUAAGGUGCAGGACAAAUCUCGAGAUAUGAAGUCUUUUAGACCACUGUCGGAACUUGACGGCAGGAUUCAGGCAGACUACGACGCAGAGUUCUAUCAUGGGGCUCCUGUUUCGCUACAGUGCGUAGGAAAGCGGUUAGAGGAAGAGAAGGUCCUCGAGAUGACGGGACUGAUUGAACAGGCUCUGAAGGCUUAG